UGAAGGAUAUUAUUUGCAAGUUUUCCAAAAAUCAUAUAAAGAAAUGUUGUGAAACUAUCUUGAAACUGAUGACUUUGAACUACCCCAUAGUUACCACCUGUGGCAUGCAAGUAUUGUAUUCCUUAUUUUCGGCCCAAAAUGCUGUAGUACCGGCAAAACUCAAUGCACAACUUAUUACAGCACUUUAUGAGUACCAACCUUCGAUGUCUGACGUCCAACCCACUCAAGCUUGGGUCACUGUCAUGCAACAGGCUCACGUUCAUUUAGCAGAUGUCGAUAUUUCUUUGGCGAUGGCAGCUCUGCCGAAGAUCUUCGACGCCAUAACUCAGCUUUGGCUCUCCGAAAAAGCGGAAAUCAUGACGAAGGCAACACACAGCUUGGAUAUCUUGAUAAGGGACGCUCUAAUAAACGCGUGCAGUUCAAGAGAAUUGGUCGAGCAGCACAAAUCGAAAAUAGAACGCUGCAUUCAGACGAUUCAACUGGGAUUGGGGUACCAGUUUAACGCCAGUUGGCAUCAAGUGCUACACGUGAUCAGCACCCUAUUCGAGGUGACAGGUUCCCAUUGCAGCGAUAUGUUACUGGGGUUGUUAAAGAGCUUAGCCGAAUUGAGAGAUUCUUAUAAAUUCAGCUAUAACAAUGAAUUAGAACAUGCUGUUGGUGCAGCUAUAAGAUCUAUGGGUCCAGAGGUUGUCUUGGAAGUAAUAUCUCUAAAGAAACCAAAUGGCGAUCUUAACAUCGACCGAUCCUGGUUGCUGCCCGUCCUCAAAGAGAACAUCAAAUUCUCUACAUUGGAAUACUUUGUCAAAGGAAUCUUACCCCUCGCGCUCUUCUGCCAUCGAAGAUCCGCCCAAUUGGCCCAAAACAACGACGGAAUCGGAGCUCAUAGCUCCGAGUUGCUCUAUUUACAACUGUGGAAUCUGCUUCCAUGUUUCUGUAACCAUCCGAAGGAUAUCCAGGAUGGUUUCAAGACUGUCGCCAAAGUCAUGGGUACGGCGAUUUCCGAUAAAAAGGAGCUACGUCUGGCCGUCAUGGCGGCCUUAAGAAAGCUGAUAGUCAGCGCCAAAGAAUCCGAAAACCCGGAGGAUCUUCAGGAAAUGAGCAGAUUCGAUAAGAACUACUUGCCGAUUUUGUUCAACCUGUACACCACGAAGCCCAUCGGUACUGACGAGGAAGGACAAAGAUUGGCGGCUUUAGAUACGACCAAACUGUAUCUAUCGAUAGCUAGGCCGGAAUUAACGCAACAGCUCUUCGCGAACGCUUUGGAGCGUUUGAACAGUAGUUCAGAUGAACCGGAAGAUCAUUUCAUAAAGGAAUCCAUUUUGGAUUUGAUCCGCGCGUUGGUACCGUACCAGAACGACGAAAAUAUCAACACCCUGUACCAGCAAUGCAUCAAAAACCUGCCUGAUAUUAAAAACAGUAAAGAACAGAAGAAGGCGUACAGAUUGCUGGAGGAAAUUUGCGGCAGCGAAUCAGAGGGGUGUAAAAAUUUCGUUAAAAGUAACAGAAAAGAGGUACAACGCCUCUUGAUGAAAUCUUUAAAUUCCGCCGCGGUAUCGAGCAAAGGCGCCAGAUUGCGCUGCUUGAAUUACCUCAUCAAAGCCCAACCGCAACUGGACCACGAUUCGAAACUGAUUAAAUCUGC